AUUAUUAUUAUUAUUUUGUUAAAUGAGUUUCAUACACAUCAAGUACUAUUCUCAAUGCAUUUUAAUGUGUUACUCUCUUAAAUGAUUCUGGAAUAUUCUGAUUCUCUCAAACGCUGUGAACUUACAUAUUCAUUUAUAGUUUCUGAAAACUCUUUAACCCUUUCAGGCACUGAAUGUAUUUCAGGUAUUAGUUUAGUCAUUCGUUAAGCGAGUAACAAACCAGUAAACAGUGCACGGGUUUAGGGUCAUUUUGAGGUUUUCACCAGGGGUCCAGGUACAUAGAAAUGCACUUUUACAGUUCAAACCAACAACUUUGAUUUCUGUUAUGGGGAAAUGCCAUUAAGUAAUGUUAUAUAUUUAUAUUCUGAAGCAUGUUACUUUAAGAGGACAUUCAAAUAAAUAUUAAAUAUGUGUGUGUGUGUAUGUGUAUAUGUAUUUCAGAAGGACCGUCAUGUUCCUUCAAUCUAAAGAACAUUUAUGAAAUGAGAUGGAAAUAUUACUAAGUGCCUGAAAGGGUUAAAGCAGGUGUUUUCAAACUAGGGUCCACAACAAGGUGCACGAGUGUCCUGUGUGCGUCAUCAUGCCGGUCCAGUGCAGUAACUGCGUCCAGAGACGUGCCGUACUCAAACGGCCCAAGACCGGACACUCUCUCUGUAAGGACUGCUUCUUCUGGGCGUUCGAGGAGGAGAUCCAUCAAACCAUCUUAUCUGCCGGACUCUUUAACCGUGGAGAGACCGUGGCCAUCGGUGCCUCGGGCGGGAAGGACUCUACUGUCCUGGCUCAUGUGAUGAAGGUCCUGAACGAGCGCUACGAUUACGGCCUGAAUCUUCUGCUGCUGUCGGUGGAUGAGGGCAUCACGGGUUACAGAGAUGAUUCGCUGGAGACGGUGAAGAGGAACCAGCAGCAGUAUGAGCUGCCGCUGAAGAUCGUGUCUUAUGAAGAGCUGUACGGCUGGACCAUGGACGCCAUCGUGAAGCAGGUGGGCCUGAAGAAUAACUGCACUUUCUGCGGUGUGUUUCGCAGGCAGGCGCUGGACCGAGGAGCCAUGAUGCUGAAAGUGGACAAGAUCUGCACAGGUCACAAUGCAGACGACGUGGCAGAGACGGUGCUGAUGAAUGUCCUGCGUGGAGACAUCGCUCGUCUCCGCCGCUGCACCUCCAUCAGCACGGCCAGCGACGGAGAGGGUGCCAUCCCACGCUGCAAGCCCCUCAAAUACGCCUACGAGAAAGAGAUCGUCCUCUACGCCUAUUUCAAGAAGCUGGAUUACUUCUCCACAGAGUGCAUCUACUCGCCCAACGCCUACCGGGGACACGCUCGCGCCUUCCUCAAAGACCUGGAGUCCAUCCGGCCCAGCUCCAUCAUAGACGUCAUCCACUCCGGCGAGACGCUCUCCGUGAAGGAAGGGGUGAAGAUGCCGGUGCAGGGAAUGUGCUCGCGCUGCGGCUACAUCUCCAGUCAGGCCCUGUGUAAGUCCUGUGUUCUGCUGGAGGGCCUGAAUCGAGGUUUACCCAAACUGGGCAUCGGGAAACAUCACCGACUGCACGGCAAAAUUCUGGCUCAGGAGCCUUUGACCGAACAAGAGGAGAAGAAACUGAAGGCAGUGGACUUCUGACACAAAAUCAGGACUUGAUUUUAAAAACUUGACGCUUGAGUUACGUGUCAUCUGUGUUUUUAAGACACUCUGAAAUGAAUGUUCAUAAUGAGAGAUGAUUUUGGAAGUCUCCAGCAACUUUUUAUUAUUUAA